UUUUGAGAGCGCUGGCCCAAAUCGUCCAUGUAAAUAAAGUCCAUCAUCCCCCGUCCCAGAUCGCCUCCGGAUCCAUCACAAAUCCAAGGAGUAGCACCGCCAGGUAGAACACGCACGGGAGAGAGAGAAAGAGUGCGAAGCGAAGCGAGGAUAGCCGCUCUCGCGAAACCCUAGAAUGGAGAGAUCGAGCCACCGCGCCAGGGAGGAGCGAGACCACAAGCACCGGAGCCGAGAAUCCGACGAGAAGCGCUCCUCGCGCGACGACAAGCACCGCGACUCCGAUCACCACCACCGCCUCCACCGCAGGUCCAAGCGCGGAGAUCGGGAGAGCUCUCGCGACCGCGAGAGGUCCCACGACUCGCGCGGCGGCGGCGACGACGACGAUCGCGGCGGCGACGGCGGCGGCGGCUUCCGUCGCGAGAGGUCGCGCGACCUGCGGGACGAGAGGGAGGGCAGCAGGGAUAGGGAGAGUAAGCGGGAGAGGGAUUACGAGCCGAGGAGGGAGAGGGAAGGCAGUCGGGAUAGGGCCAGGUACGGGGAAGCGAGGCGCGAGAGGUCCCACGACGAGUAUUCUUCGCGCGCGAGGGAGGGUUCGGUGGAGAGGAGGCACAAGAGGAAGGAGAGGGAGAGGAGCGAGGACGGCGGGAUUGAUGGAGAGGAUGCGGUGGAUAGGGUUUCCGAGGCAGAGAAAAAGCAGAGGAGGCGGUUCGAGGAUGCGAAUGGUGAUCGGAGGGAGGAGAGGAGAGAGCGGAGGAAGUUCGGGGAUAAGGUGGAUCAGGAGCGUUUAGAGGACGGAAACCGCCUGAAUGUGAAUUCGAGUGUUACUGUUAAUGUGAAUGAGGUUAAGGUGAAGGAAGUCGGUGAUGGUGAGGGUGACGGCACUGCCAACGGCGGUGUAUUCACUGCAAAUGGUGUGGCUCCUGAACCGCCCACCAUGACAUCAAGGACUCUGCCUAGCUCCACUCUAACCUCUACUCAUCCCUUCCCUACCAAGGUAUCUUCAAUUUCUACCACAAAUGAAAAUAAGGGAGUUAGUAUUACCGGAUCUCAUGAGGUUCCUGGAAAAACUAGUACAGAUUGGACAUCUUCAGCAGCUGGAAAAAGUGGAAGUUUAUCCCUUGAUGCUUUAGCAAAAGCUAAGAAAGCUUUACAAAUGCAGAAGGAAUUGUCAGAGAAGCUGAAGAAAAUUCCUUUGCUAAACAAAAGUGCAAAGUCAGUAUCAGAUGGUGCCCAGGUGCCAAAGGAGGGGACGGAUGCCUCUCCUUUGGCUUCUGCUAAGCCUUUAUCAGCUGGUUUCACGUCCAGUUCAUUAUCCUUGCCUGCUGCUGAUGCUGCAUCCUCUGUGAACCCUCCUGCCAGUGGUGUACCAACUGCUUCUGGUUUGUUAAGUGCACCCAACUAUGAAGCUGUAAAGCGAGCGCAGGAGCUUGCAGCAAAGAUGGGAUUUCGCCAGGAUCCACAGUUUGCUCCUCUCAUCAAUUUAUUUCCAGGUCAAGUGGCAGCUGAUCUUUCUCUGCCACAAAAGCCUACCAAGGCCCCAGUCUUGCGUCUGGAUGCACUUGGCAGAGAGAUAGAUGAACAUGGAAAUUUAGUGAAUAUUUCAAAACCAAGCAACCUCAGCACUCUCAAGGUUAACAUCAACAAACAAAAGAAGGAUGCCUUUCAAAUUCUAAAACCUGAUCUGGAUAUUGAUCCUGAAUCGAAUCCUCAUUUUGAUGAAAGGAUGGGUAUCGAUAAAACCAAACUUCUAAGACCAAAGAGAAUGAGUUUUCAAUUUGUUGAAGAAGGCAAAUGGUCGAGAGAAGCGGAGAUCAUGAAGUUAAAGAGUCAAUUUGGAGAAGCGCGGGCAAAGGAACAAAAGGCUAAGCAAGCACAGUUGGCAAAGGCAAAGUCAGCACCUGAUAUUAAUCCUAAUUUGAUUGAGGUGUCAGAAAGAGUUAUUACAAAGGAAAAACCAAAAGACAUGAUUCCUGAAAUUGAGUGGUGGGAUUUGCCUCUCCUGCAAGCUGGUAAUUAUGGUGAAGUAAUUGAUGGCAUCAUCUCUGAUGAUAAAUUGAAGAGGGACAAGAUCACUAUAUAUGUGGAGCACCCUCGUCCUAUUGAGCCCCCAGCAGAGCCUGCCCCUCCACCACCUCAACCGUUGAAGUUGACCAAGAAGGAGCAGAAAAAACUGCGCACACAACGGCGGUUAGCCAGGGAAAAGGAAAGGCAAGAGAUGAUUAGACAGGGCCUGAUAGAACCACCAAAACCAAAAGUCAAGAUGAGCAAUUUAAUGAAAGUUCUUGGUUCUGAAGCGACCCAAGAUCCCACCCGGCUUGAAAGGGAAAUCCGCGCUGCAGCUGCUGAGCGUGAACAAGCUCACGUGGACAGGAACAUUGCUCGUAAGCUAACUCCUGCUGAGCGGAGGGAGAAGAAAGAGAGAAAGCUCUUUGAUGACCCCAACACACUGGAAACUGUUGUCUCUGUCUACAGGGUCAAUGAUCUCUCGCACAAGCAGACCCGAUUCAAGGUCGAUGUCAAUGCUCAAGAGAACCGGUUGACGGGAUGUGCGGUGAUAUCCGAUGGCAUAAGUGUUGUCGCUGUUGAAGGUGGAAGCAAGUCUAUUAAGAGAUAUGGCAAACUAAUGCUGCGGCGAAUAAAUUGGGCUGCUGCCGUGAAUGAUGAGGAUGAAGAGGAAGAUGACAGUGAGGAUAAGCCAGUGAAUAAGUGUGUGUUAGUGUGGCAAGGAAGCGUUGCAAAAGCAAGCUUCAAUAGGUUCACCGUUCAUGAGUGCAUCACUGAAGCUGCUGCAAGAAAGGUCUUCUCUGAUGCCGGUGUGGGUCAUUACUGGGAUCUUGCAGUCAACUUUUCAGACGAUCAGAUGUAAAGACAUUGAUCAUGCAGGUAAUUCCAUUGAGGGAUGUGCUUCAUGAUGAGCUGGUUUGCUAGCGAUCUGGUGGUAUGGAUUUUGCAAGGUCAUGAUUCUUCGUCUGAACAGGCCAAAACUGAUUUCAUUUUGUACUCUUCAUUAUGAGAUGGGUCUCCUUUCUAUGAUGCCUAUCUUUUUGUGUCCAUGAAUAAGAACCUUCUACUCGUAGGGCUUUUGGUAUAAACUUGCGUGAUUCAGGACGAGCUCAGCCAGAUACUCUUCAUGGAUCUUUGUGUUCUGCCUUGUGGUUCUUUCUUCUAGAGUAUAUUUGACUGUUGUCAAUCUAUGUUAUAUAUUUUUGCUCUA